CGAGGUCGACCCGGCGCCUGCGCGAGGCGUUCCGGAAGUGACGUUGCUGAAGAGGCGCCUGGGGCCGAGCUAUGGCCCAUCAGGGAGUGGAACGGCCGUCUGAGGAAACACUGUCACUCUGGAAACGAGAGCAAGCCCGGCUGAAGGCCCGCGUCGUAGACUGGGACACGGAGGCGUGGCAGCGGGACCCGGACUUUUCGGGUCUGCUGAGAGUCGGGGGCGUGGACGUGUCCUUUGUGAAAGGGGACAGUGUCAACGCGUGCGCCUCCCUGGUGGUGCUCAGCUACCCAGAGCUCGAGGUGGUGUACGAGGAGUGCCGCGUGGUGGACCUGACGGCCCCCUACGUGUCGGGCUUCCUGGCCUUCCGAGAGGUGCCCUUCCUGGUGGAGGCUGUGAAGCAGCUGCGGGCGAAGGAGCCAGGCCUCUUGCCCCAGGUUCUUCUCGUGGAUGGAAAUGGGCUGUUACACCACCGAGGCUUCGGGGUGGCCUGCCACCUGGGCGUCCUCAUAGACCUGCCCUGCAUCGGAGUGGCCAAAAAGCUCCUGCAGGUGGACGGCCUGGAGAAGAAUGACCUGCACAAGGAGAAGGUACAACUCCUGCAGGCUGGAGGUGACACAUUUCCUCUGGUGGGGGACUCUGGGAUCGUUCUGGGAGUGGCCCUGAAGAGCCACGACCACAGCACCAACCCCCUCUAUAUCUCUGUGGGCCACAAGAUAAGCUUGGAGACUGCUGUGCGCCUGACCCGAGCCUGCUGCAGGUUUCGGAUCCCAGAGCCCGUGCGCCAGGCUGAUAUCCGCUCCCGUGAGUACAUCCGCAGGACCCUGGAGCUCGCCUCACCCCCUGCACUGGGGAGGGAGAGAACAGCCUUGCGGUGGGACAGGAGCCCCAUCCCGUCUUAUAGGAUUCAGAAAGUGAAGAGGCCAGAGGUGUGCCCCCAACGAUACUCGGGAGAGCCCGCCAGUGAGGGCAGGCCUCCCGAGGACCACAGCCCAGGCCCUGGGGCAGAUCUGGAUGCUCCAACCCAGGCACCCUGAGACAGCGGGCCGCAGGCUGUUGGCCAAGCAGAGCUGGAUGCCAUGAAGACUCAGAGGUACCCCACGCUGGCCUCCAGGAGCGUGACAGGCACUGAGGGGGACUCGUCUUGGAGGCUGCAGGGAGCUUCAGACCCACAGCAGCAGGUAGGGGGCCUGGCCCCACGGUCAUGCCAAGAGACUACUGCAGCAGACACAGCCCCUCCUGCUCCGGCCACGUGUGGCUGUGUGGCCAUGGUGCCUUGAAGUCUAUAGUGUUCAGAGAAGACAGAUUGCCACAAGGCACAGCUCCAAGCCGAGAGCUUAUGAGGCUACUUCCCCUGGAACACGGGAGGAUGAGGGGCUCAUCUCUGGCCAGCCCCACUGACCCUGCCUCUGCACUGACCAGUGCGGGAUCUGUGCCAGGUGACCAGACCUCCAGCCCCCACCAGCUGUGUGUCCUGUCCCCCAGCCAUCUGGCCAUCCUCCAGGCUGCUGUGAAUCCACAGUGAGGGGCUGAGGGAGUGCAUAGUCUGGGGGCUCCCUGCAGAGGGACUGCCAGGUGGGGACAAAGGGGCAGGAUGGUUGCCAGAUGGUGUGCUGAGGGCUCUGCUGCCCAGCCUGGGGCAGGGGGAGUCCCACACAGCAGCCAGGUGAGGCCCAAACCUCCACUGGGGCGCAGCUCCUCUGUGCCUUCUGGCCUCCUCAUCCGAGGCCACUCUAGUGGGGCAGCAGCUCGGCCCUGUCCCUGACUCGGGCCCCUCCUGGCAGCGACCUCACCUCAUAGGGUGGGCUGGAAGAAGUCCCAUGGAGGCAGGGGACAAGGGCAGCCCAGCCUCUGCCAUGAGCCGGUCCUCAGGGGACUUCCCUCACCCGUCGGCUCUCCCGAGCCUCCUUGGGGGCACACCUCUGGCCUCUUCGCCUUCUGGAUCCUGGUAAUAAAAGUCAAGAAAGGGGACCCGGGUUCUACCCUCGGUCACCAGAGCCAGCAACAGCAGAGUCUCCCGAGGCCUCCCUCUGUGCCCUUCCCGGCAGGCAGGUUCCAGUGUGUUCUGCAGGUGCCCCCUCAAGUGCCUGCCUCCUGGCCACUGGUUCUUUCUGGUGCCCCCUCACCUCCGUCUCUCACCUGGGCAUCUUCUCACCACCCCCACCCCCCAGCCCUGAGACUCCAAGAGAUCACGCCCUGCUUGCGAAAGCUGGGGUUCAUGGGGAGCCCCAGAUACCCCCUCUCUGCCCCUCCACACCUUGAUCCUCCCCAGAGGGACCCUAGGCUAAGAAUCUGCACCCAGCAACUGGCUCUGCGCUGACCUUUACCCCCGCAGGCCUAAGUCUCCCCUGCUUCAGGCGCUCCACAGUCCGUCGGGCCAGCAGGCCCUGCCACAACUCCCCAGCUCGAAGAGAAGGGUCAGUGGGCUCCUGGGUGCAGUGUCUCAGGUCUGCCCAUCGGCAAGGACAGGCCAUGCCAGCCCCUUGCCCCCAAGGCUCUUGGGGCACCCUCAGGGGUAUGCAGGGGCUAUAGGGAUGGGCCCAGGCUUGGGCAGGAGGAGAGAAAGGUGCCAAAUGAAAUCUGUCCAGCUGCAGUGCCAGCCAAUGCCAAGCUGGAAUGCUCGGCUAGGAGGGCAGCUCCCCAGCACAGCAGUGGCCACUCCCUGCUGCAGAGGCUCCAUCUGAGGAUGGAGGGCGCCACCACACGUGGGGCCCAGACUUACUGGCUGCAACUGGUGAAACUGUUGGGGUCCCCGGCAAACCUGCACGCGUGGGACUGAGGUCCGCCUUGGGAGAGAGUCCAGGAAAGCAUGGGAUGGGACUCAGAGCCAGGACAGACUGCCACUCCCAACCCACCCACCUCCUGGGGUUUGGGUGAAAUGGACAUGAGGACCUGCCCAGCGAUAGACACGUGGUCCGUUCUCAAUGAAUGGAGAGCAGUGGGAGCCCAGCACCAUGCUGGACCUAGGGACAGAAGGGACAGCCCAACCGUCCAGCAUCUGUCACGUGGAUUCACCCCCUGGCUGGGCCCCCCACACAGUCCUGCUGCACACAAGGGAACCGAGCCAUCCAUGAAAGCCCCGCAGAACCGUCUCACUAACACCUGCAUGUCCCUGGGCACAGGCAGUGAAGGGCAGGGCUCCGCCUGGGUCUUGGGUCCCACCUCAACCAGCACAGCCACAGUCCUGGGGGUCCAUGGGGUGGGGGAGCGAGGGCCCGGCAGUCCUGUGUCAUUGCUGCAUGCAGACUCAUUCACACCCACCUCCCCCACCACUCACCCCCAGAUCCACACAGCCCUGGGGUAGAGAGAGGGUCUGCAUCAGGAGCACCCACAUCCCAAGCAGGGAACAGGGCAGUCACAAGGGGGUUCCACAGGGAGCUGGCAGGGGGUGGUGGCUCCCGGUGACCCCACCAGUGCCCAGGUUUCAAUCCACUCCCACUCCACCUCCCCCAGUGCUCACAUGGCAGGGCCCCAGGCAGCGCUGGGUCCAGCACGUCACCCUGCCGCCGACUUCACCCCCCCAAAGUUCCUCACUCCCCACACUCACCUGGCACCCCACAGCAGCCAGGGCUGGAGGACUCACAGCUGGCCCUGCACCUACCCUCUCCAUUCCUUCCAGAUCCUUCCCUGCCAGGGACCCAUCAGGCUCAGGACCUAGGGUGCAGGUGGAACUGGGAGCAGGAUCAACCAUUUUAGACCUCUGAAGGUGGGCCCAGCUGACUUUGGGCAAGACGCAUGAACCAAGCUCGGAAGCUUGAUCCCUCGUGAAUGGUAACUGGCCUACCUCACAGAUAGCCGGGAAGUGGGUGAGGGUGUGCGCCAGGCUAGCACGAAGCCCGGAAGCCCUGGAUAAAGGGUUACCAAAAGUUUGGGAACGUGGGGGCCCUCGGAGGCUGGACAGAUGGCCUACGCUCUGCAAGGCCACUCCAACUUUAGCCGAGAAGGAAGAAACCAGAGGUGGGGCAGUUCUUACCUCCUCCCAGGCUCCCACAAGCCAGAGAGUUCAGAGCUCAGGGCUGUGCCUUCCCUUCCACACCUGCCCCAGUACAGGAGAGCACGGGGGCAUUGGGGGUAAGGUCCACACAGCUUGGUACACAGUAGACCCACCUAAGACUGGCUCACUGCGAUGCUUUGAGAAACGCAGCCGCUUCAACCCUAGGGCCCGGCUCUCUCUCUAAGGGACAGACAGGGUGGUCAUGGCCCUCAUGGGGACUCUACUUUAAUGGCACCUCGGUGACCACGGGGCUCAGAGUGGCCUCUCCUGGCUGAGGGCAUAACUGGAAGUGGACUGUGUUCUUUCCUGUAGGGGGCUAGAGGCAGAGGGACCUCCCACUUCCCCCACCCCCACCCCCAGUUAAGAGCAGGCCAGAGCCUGGAAAUAAGCUUGAGACAACCUAUGUGUCAGUGGGGUUUUUUUUUUUUAAUUGACAUAAAAUUCACAUAACAAAAUUUUCUAUUUCAACCAUCUUAAAGUAUACAUUUCAGUUUUUAGUAUAUUCACAAUGCGCAACUAUUAAAAAAAAAAAACCUACAGCCCUCUCGGUGAUUCCGGCUCAUAGCAACCCUGUAGGACAGGGUAGAACUGCCCCAUAGGGUUUCCAAGGCUGUAAAUCUUUACAGAAGCAGACUGCCACAUCUUUCCCCCAGAGAGCCACUGGUAGCUUUGAACCAUUGACCUUUCGGUUAGCAGCCGAGUGCUUUAACCAUUAUCUAAAUCCAGAACAUUUUCAUCACCCAAAAAGAAAGCCCAUACCCCUCAGCAGUCACUCCCUACUCGCCCAUAUCUCCAGCCCCUGGCAACCACUGUUGCGCUUUCGGUCUGUGGAUUUGCCUAUUCUGGACAUUUCGUAUAAGUGGAUCACAAUAUACGGCCUUACGUGCUUAGCUUCUUCACUCGGCAUAAUGUUUUCAAGGUUCAUCCAUGUUGUGGCAUGUAUCCCAAUGUCAUUCCUUUUUGUAACUGAAUGAUAUUCUACUAUAUGGAUAUACCACAUUUUGUUUAUCCAUCUAUCUGUUGAUGAACAUUUUAGUGAGUUUCUAAUUUUUGUGUAUUGUGAAUAAUGUUGCAGUGAACAUUUGUAUACGAUUUUUUGUGUGAACUUAUAUUUUCAGUUCUCUUGGGUGUAUACAUAGGAGAGGGCUUGCUGAGCCAUCUGACAAUUCUAUGUUAUCUUUUUGAGGAACUGUCCAACUAUGUUCCACAGCAGCUGCACCAUUUUACAUUCUCCCCAGCAAUGCACAAGUGUUCCUAUUUCUGCACGUAACUUGUUACGGGUCUCUCUUAUUAUAGCCAUCCUGGUGAAUAGGAAGUGGUAUCUCAUUGUAGUUUUGAUUUGCUUUUCUCUAAUGACUAAUGAUGUUUUGUAUCUUUUCAUGUGCUUAUUGGCCAUAUGUAUAUGUUUUUUGGAGGACUGUCUAGUUAAAUUCUUUGCCAAUUUUUAAAUUGUGUUUUUUGUCUUUUUGUUGUUGUAGGAGUUUUUUAUGUAUUAUGGAUACAAAUUACUUAUCAAAGAUAUGAUUUGUAAAUAUUUCCUCCCAUUAUGUGGAUUGUGUUUUGACUUUCUUGAUAGCGUCCUUUGAUGCAGAAAAACUUUUUUGUUUUUUGUUUUGUUUUGUUUUGUUUUAAUUUUGAUGGUCUAGCUUAUCUAAUUUUUCUUUUGUUGUUUGUGCUCUUGUUUUCAUGUUUAAGAAACUGUUGCUUAAUCUAAGGUUGAGAUUAAGUUUCCUUCUAGGGUUUUUAUAGUUUUAUAAGAUUUUAUAGUUUUAAACAUUUAGAUCAUUGGUCCACUUUAAGUUGAUUUUUGUAUAUGGUGUGAGGUAGGGGUUCAGACUCAUUCUUUUGCAUGUGGAUAUCCAGUUGUCCCAGCACUAUUUUCCCCACUGAAUAGUUUUGGCACCCUUAUCUAAACUCAAUUGGCCACAUAUGUAUGGGUUUAUUUCUGGACUCUCAAUUUUAUUCCAUUGGCCUAUAUGUCUGUGCAGAUUCUAGGACCACAUGGUUUUGAUGGCUGAAGUUUUGUAGUCAGUUUUGAAAUAGGAACAUGUGAGCCCGCCAACUUUUUUAUUUUUCAAACUUGUUUCAGCUAUGUGGGGCCCCUUGCAAUUCCAUAUGAAUUUUAGGAUCAGCUUAUCCAUUUGUACAAAAAAAGGCCACUGGGUUUUUUUGUUUGCCUUUUUGUACUUUAGGUGAAGGCUUACGUAACAAACUAGUUUCUCAUUAAACAGUUAAUACACAUAUUGUUUUAUGAUAUUGGUUAACAACCCCACAUGUCAACACUCUCGCUCCUCAACCUUCGGUUCCCUAUUACCACCUUUCCUGUCCCCUCCUGCCUUUGAGUCUUUGCCCCUGGGCUGUUGUACCCCUUUAGUCUUGUUUUGUUUUAUGGGCCUGUCUAGUCUUUGGCUGAAGGGUGAACCUUGGGAGUGACUUCAUUACUGAGCUAAAUGGGUGUUUGGGGGCCAUACUCUCAGGGUUUCUCCAGUUUCUGUCAGGCCAGCAAGUCUGGUCUUUUUUGUGUGUGUGAGUUAGAAGUUUCUACAUUUUUCUUCAGCUCUGUCUAGGACCCUUUAUUGUGAUCCCUGUCAGAGCAGUCAUUGGGGGUAGCCAGGCACCAUCUAGUUGUACUGGACUCAGUCUGGUGGAGGCCAUGGUAGUUGUGGUCCAUUAGUCAUUUGGACUAAUCUUUCCAUUGUAUCUUUAGUUUUCUUCAUUCUCCCUUGCUCCCAAAGGGGUGAGACCAGUGGAGUAUCUUAGAUGGCUGUUCACAGGCUACUAAGACCCGAGACACUGCUCACCAAAGUUAGAAUGUAGAACAUUUUCUUCAUAAACUGUGUUAUGCCAAUUGAGCUAGAUGUUCCCAGAGACCAUGGUCAGCCGCUGGGAUUUUGGUAGGGAUUGCUUUGAAUUUGCAGAUCAGUUUGAGGAGUAUUGUCAUCUUAACAACGUUAAGUCUGCCAAUCCAUGAACUUAGGAGGUCUUUCCAUUUAUUUAGACCUUCUUUAAUUUCUUUCAACAAUAUUUGUAGUUUUCAGUGUGCAAGUCUUGGACUCCCUUGGUUAAAUUUAUUAAAUAUUUUAUUCUUUUUGAUGCUCUCAUAAAUUGGAUUGUUUUCUUAAUUUCCUUUUCCAAUUAUUUUGUAUAUUGAUUUUUUCUCCUGCAACUUUGGUGAACUGAUUUAUUAGCGCUAAUAGAUUUUGCAUGGAUUCUUUAGGGUUUUCUAUAUAUAAGAUCUUGCCAUCUGUGAAUAGAGAUAGAUUUACUUUUUCAUUUCCAGUCUGGAUGACUUUUAUUUAUUUAUUUUCUUGCCUAAUUGCUCUGGCUAGAACUUCAAUACACUGUUGAAUAGAAGUGGCGAGAGUGAACAUCCUUGUCUUGUUCCUGAUCUUAAGGGGAAAGCUGUCAGUCUUUCAUCAUUAAUUAUGAUGUUAGCUGUGGGUUUUUCAUAGUUGCCCUUUAUCAGCUUGAAAGUGUUCCCUGUAUUCCUAGUUUGUUGAAUUUUUUUAUUUUAAUCAUGAAAGGGUGUUGAAUUUUGUCACAUGCUUUUUAUGCAUCUAUUGCGAUGAUCAGGGUUUUUUUCUUUCGUUCUACUAAUAUGGGGUAGUACACUGAUUUCUUUUCAGAUCUUGGACCACCUUUGCAUGUCUUGUUAAACCCCACCUGGUCGUGGUGUAUAACCCUUUACUAUGCUUCUGGAUUUGACUUGCUAGUAUCUUGUUGAGGAUUUUUAAAAUCUGUAUCCAUGAGGAAUUUGGUCUUUAGUUUUCUUAUGAAGUCUUUGUGUGGCUUUGAUGUAAGGGUAAUAUUGGCCUCAUAGGAUGACUUAGGAAGUGUCCCCCCUCUUUUUUCAGGGGGGAGAGUUUGAGAAAGAUUGGUGCUCAUUAUUUUUUUUAACAUUUGGUAAAAUUCACAAGUGAAGCCAUCUGGCCCUGGGCUCUUCUUGGUUGGAAGUUUUUUUUUUUUUUUUUAAUUAUGAUAAAAUAUAUAACAAAACACUUGUCAUUUCAAAGAUUUUUUUUUAACUGUGGUAAACAUAUGUAUCAGAUUAUUUGACAUUUCAACAGUCUAUUGGAAGUUUUCUUUAUUACUGACUCAAUCUCUUUGUUAUAGGUCUAUUCAGAUUGUCUGUUUCUUCUUUAGUCGGUUUGGGUAGCUUGUGAGUUCCUAGAAGUUUUUCCAUUUCAUCUAGGUUGUCCAAUUUCUUGACAUACAAUUUUUCAUAAUAUUCACUUUUUAUUUCUGUAAGGUCAGUGGUAAUAUCCCUGCUUUCAUUUCUGUUUUUAGUAAUUUAAGUCUUCUUUGCUUGGUCAUUCUAGCUUACGAGUGUUUUUUAGGAGUCUUCCCUCUUUUUUUUUUUUUCUAUCCCCAUGAUGUCCAGCUAUGACCGUGGCUCAGAGGAGGGAGUAGGAGAGCAGGUCCAGUGGAGAGGACUCUCCCUUCCCCCAAGCAGGAAGAUUCACAGAGGGUCAGGGCAGAAACUACAUCUGCCUUUAAGAGCUUCCGGGCUCUCCCCAAAAGACAGCCCCCGCCCAGGCCUGGUAUGGGCCACUCAGACACUAAGUAUAACCCCACUCAUUCCUCAGGUAGGGGCCUGACUUCCAACAGAAGUUAGUGUCUAACCCAAGACCGGCUGCCCUGAUGGACUACGGAAGCUUUGUGGUAGAGUUAGGGUUUAAGCUGGCAUGGAGGGAUGGGAGUCUGAGUCUUAAAGGGACCUGGAGUUUAGGGAAAAACCUCAAGGAUAAGAACUCGUGACAAUGUGGAGUGGCAGGCCCCGUGCCAAGACGCCCAUGCCUUGUCUCGCCUCAUGUCCACAUUAGUGCCCUUUUAGAGGGGAGGAGAUGAAAAGAGGGCAUUUUCGUAGUGUCCCAGAGACCCUGGCCCACCACAAGGCAGGAGGGAGUGCAGCCCAGGUAUACACGGGAAAGCUGGGAGGGGCCGGGCUGAGGGGAGUGGGGCAUGUGAGUCUGAAGGGGGUGGCCAAGCUGCAGAAGUUAGGGCCAGGGGCAGCCAGGAUGGGAGGAUCCAGGGUAGGCAGCCAGACAUAGGUAGGGACUGGCAGGGGUACAGAAACAACUGGAGGCAGCGGGGGUGGGGCCUAGGGCCCCACAGCGUGGAAGGCAGGAUCCCGAGGUACCCGUAUCCUGUACCCACUCCAGACCCCUCUGGCUGCACGUGGGCUAACCUGGGCCCUGGUGGGAGGCAAGAGAACAGUGGGAUGGGGAAGAAGCAGGCCAGGUCUGCGGGCUCUUGGCCUCUGGCCCCUGAUGCAGAGGGGCGUGCUAGGGAAUAGGGCCCCACACCCCCACCCACCCUGCCUGGGAUCUCCCACCCCACAAGCCCCUAAGUGCAGUGGCAUCUCAGCUCCUUCCCACAGAACCUUAAAAAUAGGGCUGCGAUGAUGCCCGUUUUCACAGACCACAGCCUGCACUGGAGCUAAGAAUAACCCCUGAACUCCUUAAUAAUUCAAGCUGGACCCAAAUAGACUUUCCUGUUAACCUGCCUCUGUGCCCCUACCCCUACCCCAGGGCCUGCCCUGCCUGAGAGAGGCUUCAAGGGAGUGGGCUGGCCUGGGGCAUUGGGGGUCAAUCCCAGGCACCGUGCUGGAGCCACACUCCCCCAGGGCAGCCUGCUCACAAGGACCCUGCCCACCUACCCUCUCCUCUCGUGUAAAAUCCAGAAUGGGAAUGAAGGACACCCAGACCUACAUGUUCUCCAAGGCCAGGCCUGGGAGGCCCAGCUGGUGGUCCUAGCUGUCUCCAGCCCCGCCCUCCUUCAGCCAUGGGCAUUGGGCUAUUCAACCCCGGGUUUGAGCUGGCUCCCUUGGCCCCUUCGCCCACACCUCACCCGAGCCACACACACCCACCUAGGCUCUGGGGUCCCAACUCUCCAAGCCCAGGACCUGGGCUCCAGGGGAGGACUGCCCCCUACGCCCCCCUUCUCCAGCCUCUCAGGCCCCAGUCACUGGUAUACACACAGCUCCUCAGGCUGUGUUCCUGCUUCCUAGGGAGGGUCCCUGAAGGGGUCCCUGGGGCUCUGUGGCCUGGUAGGAACAGCUGGGAUGGGAAGCGGGCCAUGGGUUCCAGCCCACAACAUCUGCACUGGAUGCUGUGUGCUUAGGUGAGUUAAUGCACCUCUUGGCACCUCUGUCCUCACUUCUGGGCUUUGUGAGGAUCCGUGUCUCUAGAACAAACUGGGUGUUAGGAGCAGGAGGGGAACCUUGGUCAGGGGCCCAGAGACCAGGGUACCCUCCUCUCAGGGGCAGUGCCCAGGCUGCAGACCCCACUUACGUGCCCCAGUCGUCUGGGCUCCAGUCCUGCAGGGCAAGUGAGGAGCUGGGGGUGCGACCAGGAAGCACUUGGGGAGGCUGCACUUGCUGGGGGCCCUUACCAGCCUGGCCCACCCACCCUGGAGCAGCCCAGCCCCAGCAGGCCUGCCGCAUUGCCCCCAGCCAGGCCCUGCGUGGAGUUUUACCAAAUUACUAAAGCAUCAGCGGGCGGCAGCACUGACAUCCAAAUGAAUAGCAAGCAGGGUAAUUAGGCGAGGUGUGACAGAAAGAUGGAGCAUGACCUGCUAUCCCUGGUUCACCUCCCCAGAAGCAGGAAACCCUCUCUAACUUAGUUCCCUGCGGCUGUGGGCAAAGGUCCAUCUUCUUGUCUUCUCCUCCAGGUGAGGGCCAGGGGCAGUGGGCUGGAAGGUGGGGGGUGCAGGCUAGAAGAACCAGGGCAUGGCUGCUGCCUGGGGCCAGCAGCAGGGCCUGCUGGCAGCCUCCUGGGCAGGGCUGGGCUGCAUUUCCCAGCCUGGGCAGCCCCCUCCCCACUUUCUGGUGCCCCCCCCACCAUGGACAGAACCCACAGGGAAGAAUAAGGGGAGUGUGCAGGGGAAGAUGGGUGCCAUACUAGUGGAGAGAGGGUAGGGUGGGGACCAGAUUGGCAACUGGACCUAGAGCAACUGAGAGAAAGGGAAGGAGGGGAGUGGCAGGUAGGCCAUUGUGGGGCAGGGGACACAGACCCAGACUUGAGGUCAUUGGCUGGCCUGGGUGCACACUGCUCUGGGAAGGGGAGGCAGCCACUGGGCGUGGUACAGGGGCCUGACAGGAAAGCGGGAGUAGGGAGCAGGUUGGGUGGUGGUGUUUUAGUUAUUUAAACUUCACUUGUAUUUUUUAUCAAAGUCCUAACUGUACGUAGUUUACAUAAUCAAAUAGUUCUUCAAAACUCGUAAUGUGAACAGCAGUUCCUUACCCACCCACCCUCUCCUCUCUUCUCAGAGGCACACGUCCCUAUUAGUCUGCCUGUUUCUUUGGUAUUUACUGGUAAGUGAUACACUAAUGUUGGGUUUUCUCCGUUUUAGCCCUUACCCACUGCCUUCACACUCCUGGGGGCUGAGAGUUUGGUUUGUUCUCUUAUACACAGCCCCUCUCACACACUCACACCCUUUCCUUCCACCCAUCCUCCCACUUUAUUGGUUGAAUCAGAAUUCAAUAUAUACGCUAUUAUUUCUUUGCUUAUCCUGUUCACAGCUGAGUAAUGUAAUGUAAUUACAUUUCUUUUCUUGUACAACCUCUUGUUUUUCCUGGACUUAAUGAUCGCCUCAUUUUUGGGGGGGGGGUGGAGAUUUGGUUUAUUUUCUGUGUAAGUAAAGAAAAAGAAAGUUUUCUUUUUGUUUGUUAUUUUGUUUUUAUUCAUCUCCAAACCCUGCAAUGAAUCCUCCUCUUGGUACAUAAAGAACAUGAGGCCAUCUAAUUUUUUUUUUCUUGGAGCCUCCAACAAUCCCCACUUCUUGGUAUUUGUUUAGUCCUCUUCCACAAUGAACAAUAGAAUAUGGCAGAAGUGAUGGUGGGUCUCUGAUAAUAGCUCACAAAACACAUUGCAGCUUUUGUCGUGGCAUCUCUCUCUUUGGGAUCAUUCACUUUUAGGGAAGUCAGCUGCCAUCUCACAAGCAGCCCUAUGCAGAGGUCACAUGGCUAGGAGCUGAGGCCUCCUGCCACCAGCUGUUGGAGUGAGCCACUCUGGAAGUGGCUUCACAGUCCCGGUUGAGCUUUCAGAUGACUGCAGCCCCGGCCAUCAUCUUGACUGCAACCUCAUGAGACAGCCUAAGCCAGAACUACCUCUCAGUCUACUCCCAGAUUCCUGUUCCUCAGAAACCGUGUAAGAUGGUAUAUCUUCAUUUGGGGAUAAUUUGCCAUGCAGCAAAAAAUAACCAAUACCAAGCCUUGCUCCAGUAGCCGUCUGUCCCAAUUGCUUGUACACCCACUGCACAUCUGUCACCAGGAGCUUCCUUCCACCCUUAUCCCAGGAAUUCCUUGCACUUCAUUCCUGUGCCAAAUCCUCUGCUCUGCAGAUCCCACACAGCCCUCUAUCCUGGACCAGCCCUUGCUUUAGGCGUAUGCUCAUCUGGUGGUUCCCUGAGAGGGAGUGUGUGAGGGCUCCAAUGUUUGAAACCUUUCAUGUCAGAAACCAUCUCUUCUACCUUCCCACUUGGUUGAUAGUUGAGCCGGGUAUGAAGUUCUAGGGUGCAGUCAUCCCCCCUCUGUACCUGGAAGACUUUGUGCCAUCGUCAUCUUCUAGCUUUUGAUGUUGGCUGAGGACAAAUCUGAUGCCGUCUUCCCUCCCCAUCCCCAGAAUCCUAGGAAAGUAGCUGAUUUGAACUACCGGUAGGAGUUGUGUUUGUACAGCUCUUGUUUCUAAGGCAUGUGGACACCAUAGUUUUAGGUCUCAGCCUUGAGAUGAACUGGGCUGUCAUGUUUCAUAAUGGUGAGGUCCACUUCCUGUGGACUGUCCACCAUGUCACCUUGUGGGGCCUGCUGUGUCUUCUCAGCUGGGGGUAACCGCUGUCCUCAGUGCUGAAGCAGGUGCUGAAAGUGUCGGCCUGAGUUGCCCGAGCCCCAGAGAUGCUGGGAAGCCUUUCCUUCCACUUUACUUCUCUUCUACUUCCACCCUACUGCCCCUCAGCCCCAUCAGGUGGGACCCUGGACCUCCUGAGGGGGAGACACCAGGCCACCCUAGAGCUCACCCUCCCCUGGGCCCUGGCCCUAGGCCCAGGCUCUCUCUCCCAGUCCUUGCUCAUCAGCACUAGGUCUUUUUCCUCCCCAGAGGGCUCUUCAGCAGCUCAUGUGAGCAGACCCACACAGGCUCUGAAGAUGGGGUGAACCCUGAGGUAGGCAUUAGAGCCAAGACUCACUGUAUAUAGUCGAAUUCUCCAGGCUACAUGUGACAGAAAGCCAACUUAAGUCAACGUAAGCAAAAACGGGCUGCACACGCCUGGCUAGCAUAGGCCUGGUUCUCCCUUGCUCUCUUGUGUUGGUGCCAUUCUCAGGAGGCCUCUCUCCCCAGGUGGGCUAGAUGGCCACCUGCAACCCAGCCUACUUCCUCCCAGUUUAGCGAAGCAUAGCCCUCUUUCCCAGCGGUUCCAGUGAAUGUGUCAGGCCAACCAGCACUCAUGGGGUCUUGCUGGCAUGAGUCCUAUGCCCUGAGUGGAUCACUGUAGCCUGGGAGGACCUUGAGCCUAGCCCGGACCCAGGGAGGGGAGUCAGCUCCAGCCCACCUUAUGAGAGAAGUCUCCAUGGAAAAUAGGAGUACCGUUACCAGAGAAGGGUAUGCCUGGGUGGGGACACUGAGGUUAGGGGACCUUCCCAAGAAGGCACUGUGGCUCCAGGAUCUUUCACAGAUCUUAGUUCCCAAGGCCCUGGGCAGCGUCAUCUCUUCCCCACGGUGCUCCAUCUUGUCUCCGAUUGAUUCUUUUCCACUGCCAGCAGGGAACAGUGUGACUAAGGCUCCAUUAUCAACUUGCCAAUCUUGUUUCUAGGGCACAGACGCUGUCAGCUUAGGGGACCCAGUUGGCAUAUAACGAGGCCUCCAUGACAAAUGACUUAGGCAUCAAUUAACUAUCUGGGGAAAUGUCAGGCAAGACCUGUCAUGCUGGCAGGGAGGAAUAGCCAAUUAGCCCAGCAAGGUUUAUCCCAUCCAAGGUGAUUGCCUGCCUCAUCCUCCAGCAGGGCCGGAAACCAGGGGCCAGGGCCUCCAUCUCCCAAGAACAGGGGGCAGCCCCAGGCCCCAGGCCCCAGGCUCAUGAGCUCCCCACUGGCUCCUGCCCUGCAGCCUGUCUCUGUCCCUCAUCUGCUCCACAAUCACCUGCUGAUUCAGGCCGGAAGUGGUCACUGCUAACGCAGAGGCGACCAGCAGCCAUGGAAUGGGACAGUGCUGGGGAGGGACAGAUGUGUGGACCGGUGUGACUGGUGAGGUCUCUGUUGGAGCCAAGAUUGGUGGAGCACUCAGGGCAGCGAGGAGUAGCGAC